AUGAAUAGUCGUACUGAAUGUUCACCGAGAAUUAUAAAAAGGACAACCACCAAAGAAAAAACAGACGAUGCAUCAAAAUAUGGAUUUUAUCGACAGAUUAACCAUCUAUCCAUUGUAAAGCUGGAUAAUGAAACAGACAAAAUGAAUUAUUCUUCGUGGCUAACUCGAUUAGAUAACGAAAGUUCAGAUUUAAAAAUGCAUCUUAUCAAAAUCUUAUUUAUAUCGUUGAGAAGUGAUAGAUCUUUUCAAAUGUUUUUAAAACCUCCACCCGAUGAUCUUAAGGAUUUAGAGUUGAAGUCUGAUAAUACGAUGGAUAUGGUUAAAUACUUACAAGAUAAUAAUAUAGUUGAUGAAUCGUUAACUAAUGAGGAGAAAAAACAAGAGAUUAAACACAAACGUUCUGCAGCUGUAGCUACAAAUAUGCGUUCUUACACAACAAUUAAAACUUCACCAUACUUCGUACAGUCGUUCUAUGUAAGGUCAGAUUGGCCAAUUUAUACAUGGUACAAUCCAACGUCUAUUCAAUUGCCGACUAGCCAUGAUCAUAACCUAUGGGAAAAAUUCCUAAAUCGUUUUAAAAUUGUAACCGAGGAUAAAAAUGCCAGCAGUAAACACAGAAACGAGUGUGAUGAUAUUAUUCCAAUUGACCAAGUAUCAAAAGAAGUUAUGACUGCUUUUAAUUGGCAUCCUUAUAGUAUACUAGGUAGUGAAGAAAAUAGACCCAAAAGAACAGCAGGUUCUAUUGGAAUUGACGUUGAUGUAGCAAACCAACAAUGUAACCAACAGCAAAUCGACGAUGCUGCAUUUGCAAUAGUGUAUUGUAAAGUGUUCCCUGGUAAUAAGGUAUUAAGCCAAAGAAUGUAUUCUGCUACACUAAUUCCGGAUGCAAAAUUUAUUUUCAAAAUGACGGGUGUAACAUUAGUUAAUUAUUCCAAUCUUAAGUUAAAAAAGGACGAAACGCUACCAUUUACUUGCAAAUUAAAACAAAGAAAGCGGGCUGUCAAAAACAGCUGUGAAGUUAAAGCAUGUGUGACACCGUGUGAAAAACCAAUGAUGACUAUUCAUUGCGGUAAACCACAGUUGCCAAGCUCAACAAUAGAAAUACAAUAUGCAAGUCAAAUUAUUCAGGAUAAGACACCUACAAAUGUUGUUUCAACUACAAAUAACAAUGAAAGCGAUUCCAAAUUUAGUAAUCUGAAUAAGACGUAUCAGGAAUGUAAGUCCAGCUCAAAAUGUCUGAAGAGAACUCCAAAGAAAACGAAGUCAGUUGAAUGCUGUAAAUUUCCUAAGGAAGUCGACUUGACCGUUAACGAUAAUAGCGAAUCGAAAGAUCGAAAAAAUUGUUCGACAGUAUUAAACGCAGGCAGAUCGUCGUUCAACGACAGUUCGAAUUGCGAUUGGACCGUGUCCAGUGUUGAGAUAUCGAUGAGAGAACCCGAUCAGGCUUGCAGCAGUAUACCGUCGGCCACAAAAGCAUCGAACUGCAAUCAAAACUGCAAGUCGAUGUCGUUGGAUCAAAUAGAGCGCGUCGAACCGGAAGAUCAAAAUGCACGGCAAUGCAGCGAUGUGCAGCAGACGGUGGCCACUCCCCCACACCAGAGUCCAAAACCCACAGAAAGCUUCCAAGAACCACCGCAAGAACAUCACAAUCGACCGUCUCUCGACAAUCGUGAAGACACAAACUCGGAACGGACAGGGAACGACGGCGCGGACAAAAUUUCCAGCAGUAGUCAGCGUGGAACGCCUUCGGGGCAGAGGAUGAGCGCCCCCGAGCAGCGCGACAGGUGUGCAAGUGCACGUGGUUUGACACCCAAUGACGGACGGAGAGUAGGACAGUGCCCUGCCAAAGAUCAAAACCACUCGUGUCCGGCAGCAUUUGCGGAACAUCCGCCGUCGACGCCGAAGCGGCCUGACACUUCAGGUGUGUCGUAUUCGGACAGAAGCGCCAGCCAAUUGCAACAACAGCAACAGCAGCAACAGUCUACGGGGCCUAGCAGUGAUAAUAAUAGAUCCGAUACAGCCGCUGCCGCUGCCUGGAAUCCAGACGUGAGUAGCUAUUCCGCGUUUUCAGACAGGCACAUGGCAAAUGACCUUUCCCGGUUUCUGACGUCCGAAAGAACGGUCAACGAUUUUCCGGCGGCGGUAAUGAAUUCACGGCCAUCGUCGCCCUUAUCGCCGCUGCUGCCAGCCAACGAUUUUUACGCCGCAGCAGCCGCAGCCGCUGCCAACAACGACAACAACCUGACGGGCGACAGCUUCGGUGGGGAAAGCGAUUGGUCCGGCGAAGAUGGGGUCGAUGGAUGUCAAUCGUGCAACAUGAAGACGAACCGAUUCCGCAACGACCUUAGCGCGGAAUCGCUGUCUACAUUAACUUCGACCGACAGUUCGAUUGAAAUGCGGAUCGAGGCUCGUAUGCAGCCCCUCGGCCGCAAUGUGAAUUACGCGCGUCGGAGGGAGGAAAACCUGUCGAUAAGUAACAACGAUCGAUAUCCGUUCGACGACAGCGUGUCGGAUAGCACCAGCGAUGUCAGUUUGCCACACCACGACCGCACUGUCGAUGAUGUCUGGCCAACCGCUUACGAUCUCGUCGAGGACGUGAGCAUGCCGGGCUCGUUGGUCACCGGGCCUUGGUCGUUGUCGAUGAGUGAUUCGAGAAGCGGCCGAGUUCAGGAAUUCGGUGACGCCAGAGCCUCUGAUCCUUACGACACGUCCUGUUCGGAGGGCGGUAACACGUCCGGGCGGGAUGACUACGACGAUCGUCCGAUGCCGCGCCACAACUUCGAUGGAUCAGAAACGGACGACGAAAGCGCUGGUGCGGUCCCUCUGCGCAGUAGAAAUUACUGA